CUCAGCUGACUCUGUUCACUUCAUCCACUGCACUGGUGGUGAGGACUUGAUCGACGAUGUCUUGGAAAUACUGUACCCUGAUAGUUCUUUGUGGCUUUGCUGCUGCAUUUGGCAACAAACAUUUGUCUGUUUGUGAGUUGACAUGCAAUGCUAAAGCAUGGCAGGAUUUUGGUAUGACACCCGGGACAGAGUUUCAGGUCUCCUAUAAAUCCUAUGCCAUCAACACUGUCCCUGGUUUGUCAAAGGAGGGAAAUGGACUAAAGUUCAAGUCGACAUUGACAUUUACUGUUGUAAAUAACUGCUGGAUGGUCAUGAAGGUUAAGGAUAUGACUGUUUAUCAGUACAAUGGAAGUUGGCCAAGAUUUACUUCUGAAGAGUACUUUCCUGAUCCUGUUCUUACAGAGAUAUACGACACAGCGAUAUCUCGUUAUCCCACAUUUGUUAAAUAUGAUGAUGGCAUAAUUGGUUGCCUUCAGUGGAAUGACGAAGAACCGUUAUGGGUUAGAAACUUUAAAAGAGGAAUAUUGAGCAUCACACAACUGAAACUACCAACUGACUGGACCAGCAAUCCUACACACUCAGUAGAAUGGGAGACGGGUGUGACUGACACAUGCAGAGUGAAGCAGACAUUUGAAUCCACUAUGACUCACUUAACUGUGAGCAAAGUUUAUGACACAAGCAGCUGCAUUAACCAACCAAUGAGAAUCACUUCACCAAUCUAUUUUGAUCCUCUUCGUAACCCAAUGAACUCACAACUUUUCUCAAAGUCACGAACUGCAACACAAACAGCAGAGUCAUUUGACACACGGGGAUGGCUGUUUACUGAAGCUGUUAUUGAAGAAAGACAUGUUUUUAGUCCAUUUGGACGCCAUCGUGGCGGCCCUGUUGUUUACAUCAGGCAAGACUUCAAGCUAGUACGAGAUUCUUUCAAAACUGUCAGUGUACCAGACAUUCCGUCAUCACUUUGUACCAAGACUUGCAGUUCAAUUAUGUUUGAAUUUGAAGACUCCGCCGAUUCUAGUUCUAAGUGUGUCUCAGGCAUGGUUGACAAGGUUAAACAUGAAAUUCGACAUCUUGAGAAAAAUUGGUAUCAACCGAAUGAAAUUCAUUAUAGCAAGAAGUUCUAUCAUUUGGUUAAGAGGCUUCGUGAGGCUUGCAGUGAAGAUCUGGAGAGUCUCUGGUUGACAUAUUUGCAGCAAUACGAAGAUGAACCAAGAGCAGUUGACAUCUUUCUUGACGCUCUUUCUCAAGUUGGUACUGAGCCUUCAGUGAGUUUCCUAACAGAGCAGAUACUGAAGAGAAGUGUUAGUUUGAGACGCACACGUUCCAUCAUGACUGACAUGUACCUCUACAACAGAACGACACCGGCAAUGUUGGAACAAAUUCUUACACUUGCUAAGACCAGUUGGUCUAAAUUAUAUCUUGAGGAUGAUGAAUUUGUGGAUGAGGCAAUGGACUUGGAAAUUGAAGCAUAUUUGGUUUUGGGAUUUGCUACUCGAUCUGUUGGAAGUAGUCAUGGCGUAGGUGACGUAAAAGUAACAGCAUCUAUCGAGUUUUUGCUAAAUAAACUGGAUACUUUGAAGGACAAGUGGACAACAGAUAAGCGUUUUGUUUUGGAAAGAAAAAUCAAGGCUGUUAUUGAAGCAAUAUCAAACACUGCUUCUUUGGACGCAUAUGAAAAACUGUGGCCGGUAGCUCAGGACAAAAAUUUGCCACCUGAAGUACGUUUUCGAGCUGUUGUGGCAUUAAAGCAACUUGUGCCAUGGAAGCAUCAUGAGCUUGUGAUGAAGAUGAGGAUGUUGUUUGAUGACAUGGAUAACCCACGUGAAGUUCGAAUUGCAAGUUGGGAUGUCAUUGCAGAAACAAUCAGGACCAUCUAUCCUGUGUCAUGGUCUGAUCUCAUUAAAAUCAUAGAAGGUCUGAAGGAGGAACGUGAUGUUCAUGUUGGGUCGUACCUGUUGUCUUGGCUGUGGAGCUGGGCUGAUCAUGCUGAACUAGAUGAACAAAGGGCUCGUUUUGCUCAGUUUGCACUUUACUCAUCAGGAGCGGUAUACUGGGGAAAGAGGUUUCCUCGAAACUACUUGAACUCUCAGUAUAACAUCAUUUCAUGGUCACCAUUUGAGACUGAUGAAUUUGCUAUUUCUGCUGUUGUGAAAUAUAUCUUUGCUGAUGAGAGCACUGUACCACUCAGUUUGGAAACUGAAAUCGAAGGCUACUUGUUUGGACAGCGAAUCUCAAUGUUUAGGGUGGAAGGUAGAGCCACCGGAGCCAACUGGAUGUUGGAACGUCUGUUUGGCCCAGUGGGCUACUUUGCUACCAAUAAGACAUUUGACAUCAGAUGUGGCAUCAUGCAUCUUUUGGAAAAUGUUGUCAAACCAUUCGAAGAUCACGACUUAGACUUUAGUAUCAAUGUUGGUAUUCUUGGCAGACAGGUUCGCUAUUGGUCGAGAAACAGUCAGUGGUUUGUAAAAUACCUAAAUGAAAGUGGACUAUACAACAUUACAAAUUCACUGUGGUGGAUUUUCCAUGACAAUGGCUACGACAUGACAGCAUCAUGUCCUUGGACAAUCGAAUCACCUCAGUGGCAUAAAGAAACAGGCUUUCUGUGGGAGAACACAGUUGAUGUUGUUCAACGAUGGAGAGAGGUUAUUGGAAUGUGGAAGGUGUUCUAUGAUGGCACAUUGUGGGAAAGAGCAUUCAACAUGAACUUAACAUAUAUCUUGUUUGAAACAAAUAUCACCUUUCCUUCUAUUCUUGGACUUCCAGUUUCUGCUGGUAGUGAAGUUAUGGGCCACAUGCAUGUAGAAACCAAUGGCAGUGUUUACUAUCCAAUUGAGGCGAGCUCUAAUUCAUGGCCAGAUUCACUGUGGAAUCACUUGAAACAAAUUUGGAAUAUUUGGACAAAGCCUGAGGAACUCAGAUGGAAAGCCAGUAUACGUCCUAGGGUCUCAAUUGAGUCGUGUUCUUCUAUUGGAGUAGAUGCUUACUUUGCCAGAAGCAGGGUGCUUCUUGAAACAGAAUUCAAUUCUACUAACCAGGACAUUGAAUUUAAUGGUUCUUUGACACCAGACUUGGUGACAGUUAGUUAUGGUAUCCCAUCACCCGUUAACACACUGGCUUCAUACUCGUCUCAACUAUACUUGCAUUACACCAACUAUCAAGAUGGUAUGAAAUAUCCUCUGAUAGGAGAGUUUCCUCUUGAAAAGAUAUACAACUGCACUCCUAAGGAGCUUGUCGGUACUGAGCUUUGUAUCGAGUUACAGUACUACAACAGUUCAAACACAACCUGGGCUCCAUUCUAUCCAUUAAAUGGUGCAGCAUUUGGAAACAUCACUCUCUUGUCACUUGACUCUGCAACUGUGCCAUGUGAAAAUUGUUCAUAUAAGCCAGACAACUGUUGUCAGUAUACUCGUCCACCAACACACAUAACAACAAAGAUUUCAAAGAACGAUUGGAAUGACUUUACAAUCACUGUAGAAGGAGUUAUGUCUUAUCCGAAGCGUGUAGUUACCAUUGAUUUUUGGCGCAGUAACGACAGCAUGCUGGAUGUGGUUAGCACCAACAUGACAUGGAAUGUAGAUCACUGUUCUAUUAAUCGUGAGACACCGUGGAUCAACACAAGUCUUCAGUGGAGAUGGGAUCGUGUUGACAUAAAUGGAUGGAUGAGAGGCUAUGGAUCAUGGUUUGAGAUCUAUUCUGUGGGUUGGCUGAAUCGCACACACUUCCUAUCACAAUUUGUAUACUGGAAUUAUGACAAUACAACAGACAUGUGUGUGUGGCGCAAGCCUGAAGAUCCAUGCAAUGUUACAAUGAUUGGAAGUUUGGUCAAUCGCACCAGAGGAAAGUUUUGGUUCAAGUCUAGAUGCCCAUUGCAAUUGAAUAACUGGCUUAAAUCAGAUUUGGAUUACUGGCUUAAUGCAAGUUACUCAAUCAAUCAGCUAAUGGUCGAUGUCAAUGUUAAUUCUUCGUUCUUAUCUGAGUUCUUUACUAAGUCUGAAGUCAACUUUGGAUUUCCACUGCCUCAUCCAGUUGAUACAGCAUCUUGUCAUGUGUUUGGCAAGAGUUUCAUCACUUUUGAUCGUCUUCAUUAUGCUGCAAAAGCAACUGGAUCUUACAUACUUGCACAAGACACACUGAAUCACAAUCUGUCAGUAAUUCUACAUCAUCAAAAUAUACAAAGACAAAUCAACUCAAAACCUGUCAGUACUCCAGUUAUUGCUGUAUGGAUUGCUGAAACCAACUACACCUUACUUCCUAAUGGUGUUUUCUACAUUAAUGACACACGACAGUUGGUCCCUUACCAAUCAUGUGUUGUCAAUGUAACGUUGUGGUCUCCAUCCUGUGAUGAUACAGUCUAUACUCGACUUACCAGUCGUGUUGGGUUGGAAAUCUACUACAAGCCCGAAGCAAUUGAACUCAGUCUUAAUGGGUUCUACUAUCAGAAAAUGCGAGGUCUUUGUGGAAAUAACAAUAACAAAAUUACUCAAGAAUUCCAGAAGCGAGAUGACACUAUUGCUACAACAGAAGAAGAAUUUGUUGAAAGCUGGAAGAUUGAUGAGAGUCCCAUUCCUGAAGCAGUAACAACUGAGUAUGACAUGGAAACAAUUGGAGCUUGUGAUGAAGCUUUCAACUCUCCAACAUUGGAGCCUGUCAGUCAUGAAAUUGAUUUGCGCCAGUUCUAUAAUGCUUGCUUGAUCGAGGUACAAAAUCGUGGUAAAGAGGACAUAUGGAAAGCAGUAUGUCAUGCACUUUAUGGUGUCAAAGUUGCAGCUUUCUCAAGAGACUUUGAUUAUCCUAACUCAAUAACACCAUUAGGCUGCUUUUAUAGGCCAUGGUCUGGAUGGAAAACAGAUCUGCAGAAUGAUAAGAUUGAGUACAGAAGUCGAAGACUUAAGUCUUGGUGUGGUGCUGAUGUUAAUUGCUGUGAAAUGGAAGAAAAACAGUACAGAGAGGCUACAGGUCUUGGAACGCUUUACGAGUGCAAACCUUGGAUGUUUGAAUAUACGACAAACAAACAGUCUGCAAAGACCUGUUGGUCAACAGACAUACACCCAACAUGUCCAGCUAGUUGCUUACCUCGUUUUGGUGAAAGUGUUGAUGUCGAGUUCAAAUGCAGCAGCUCUGUGGAAGAUAUCGAUGUCGCCCAGCCUGUCCUUUUGAAAACCAAACGUGUCGAGUCGUGUGCUUGUUCACUCCCAUGCUGGAAGGCAAGAAACGAGUUGUCCUCCACAAGUGUGUGUUCUUAGUUAUGACUGUCAGACAUUGCUGGACUGAACUCGACUAGCACUGCAGCUAGUCUGUUUGUUUGUUUGUACUGUUUGUCUUGUUGAGUAUUGCGUACAUUGAAAUGUAGAAGAUACAGUCAUACGUGUUUGCAUUUGAAA